AUGGAAAGCCUCAUGGUCCACCUGGAGGGCCUAAUAGAUACCCUCCAAGUGGGAACCCGGGUGGGUAUUAUCAAGAUCGCGGAGGUCAAACUGGGGGUUAUAAUAGUGGACAGUAUCCACCUCAAGGUCGGGGAGCACCGUAUCCGGGUGCUUCAAAUGGUCCUCGAGGAGCUUCUGGUGGAUAUGGAGCUCCGAAUUAUCCCCCGAGUGGUCAAUAUGGAGCUGGUGGCCGAGGCCCGAAUCCUGUGGGCAGUAACCGGAACCAGCAGUAUGGAUGGCCACAACAGUAACUCGAGAUUCUAA